CCCACCCACUCUCUCCCUCUCUCCCUCCCUUCCCCUCUCCCUCCCUCCUUCUCUCCGGGCCUGAGGGCUGGGCUUUUUGCACAAAUGCCAGAUGUACUAUAACGCCAUAACUUGCAAAAUAUUGCGGAUUAAUACUGCUUAUCUCGCAGCGGCUGUCUGAGAGCUCAGCAUCAAACCUCUGCCCCAGGUCUCCUAAUAAAUCCACUCCUGGUUUAGGCCUGAUUUAGCAAAUGCUCUACUCUGGACCCAAAGGAUGACUCUUUCACGCAUUCACUUAUGCGUUCAAAGACUGCUUCUUUGCAUGCCUACCAGGUUUCUGAAGCAGCCAUGGCAACGGUACCUGAACCCACCAACGAAGUGAUGGCUUACUAUAGUGACGAGAAUGACCUGUUAUUUGAGGCUGACGGCCCCAAACAGAUGAAGUGCUGCGUCCAGCACCUGGACCUCAGCUCCACAGGAGAUGAGAGCAUCCACCUGCAAAUCUCCCACCAGCUCUACAACAAAAGCUUCAGGCAUGUGGUGUCGGUCAUCGUGGCUGUGGAGAAGCUGCAGAAGAUCCCCUGCUCACAGACCUUCCAGGAUGAUGGCCUGAGGAGCAUCUUUUCACUCAUCUUUGAAGAAGAGCCUGUCAUCUUUGAAACAUACGACAAUGAUCUUCUGUGUGACGCGGCUGUGCAGUCGCUGACCUGCAAACUCCAGGACAGAGACCAAAAAUCCCUGGUGCUGGCUAGCCCGUGUGUGCUGAAGGCUCUCCACCUCCUCGCACGGGAUAUGAACCGAGAAGUGGUUUUCUGCAUGAGCUUCGUGCAAGGAGAUGAAAGUAACGACAAGAUACCUGUGGCCUUAGGCCUCAAGGAAAAGAAUCUAUACCUGUCUUGUGUGAUGAAAGGCGAUAGGCCCAUCCUGCAGCUGGAGGAGGUAGACCCCAAAACUUACCCAAAGUGGAAGAUGGAAAAGCGAUUUGUCUUCAACAAGACAGAAAUCAAGAAUAGCGUCGAAUUUGAAUCUGCCCUGUACCCCAACUGGUACAUCAGCACCUCUCAAGCAGAAGAAAAGCCCAUCUUCCUAGGACGUUCCAAAGGCGGCCAUGAUAUAACUGACUUCACCAUGGAAAUCAUCUCUCCCUAAAGGAAGCUGUACCCAGAGUCCAUAUGGGCUGAAUGACCCUGAGGGCUAGCAGAAGGGGAAUCGAAGAGCAUGGCUGCAGCCUGAACUUCACUGUUGUCUAAUCAAUGCCCAACUUCCCUCCGUAUAUUCGUGCUACGAGACCUCCUGCCCACCAGCCGGCGGGAAUAACCCCACUCUUCCCACGCUUCUUCUGCCCGUCCUCAGACCCCAUCCACUGAGCCAGCCCUCUCUCACCUCUUCCACUCACUCAAAGCCAGCCUGGCAGAAACCAUGGCACACUAGGUUCAGAGAAAUCCUCUGUCCUUUGCACACAGCUUCUGAUGAGUGACCAUUUAACUAUUUAUUUAUUUAUUUAUUGAUGGGUUAAUCUAUUUAAUUUAAUUCAAGGGGGCCAAGAAACAGCAGAGUCUGUGAAAAAUCCUAGUCUUCUAUAUCUAUGGAACCAAUUUCAUUUGGGCUAGUGUGCCGUCUUUAUAUCAAGUUCUUUCAUUAAGCCUGAAAAUAUUUAAGCUCAGAUCAUUUCAAAAGGAAUAUUUAUGAAUGAGGAAGGAUGAUCAGAUUGUUCAAUGAUUUUGAAAUAAAGUUCACUGAAAACAAA